GCUGUUUGUGCGAUUUAUGGAUAAUAUGUGCUAAUUUAAAUGCCAUCAUAUUUUUUUGCCCGCGCAGAGUUGUUUUCGCUGUUGUUUUUUUUUGCUUCACAAGACAGAUUAAAGGAAAUUUUCGCAAAUCGACUGCUUUACAUUAUUUAAUACAUUAGCUACCAGCAUCUAAGCUUUAAUCAAUAAUAAAAUGCCUCGUGCAAAAACAAACAAGAAGCAAGCAGCGUUGGAUUUGCAAAUAGAAAAUGCCAUUGAGAUAUCCUCGAGUGUAAGUGAGGCUGGAAGUGAGGCUGUGUCUGAAACCGUCAAGCCGGCAGCUAAGGGAAAAGCGCGCGGCGAGAAAACAGCAGCUGCAACUGCAGCCGGUGAAUCAAAUGGUGAGCCGGUAGAAGUAGUGCCGGCAAAAAGGACCUCGUCGCGUAAAAAGAAGGUAGUUAUAGAGGAGCCUGUGCCAUCGGAGGAAAGUGAUAUUGAGCCAGUUAAGCCUAAGGGUCGUGCCAAAAAAUUGCCGGCUGAGGCAAGUGAGCCAGCCGCGGCUAAAAAAAAGACUGCAAAGCCACGCGCCAAGAAAGAGAAUACCCCUGCACCCGAAGAGCCAGAGCCCAGCAAGGGUCGCGUUAAAAAAGAAAAUCCUGAUACAGCUGAAGAGAAAGCUCCUAGCAAGGGUCGAGCAAAAAAAGAGAAACCUGCUGCAGCAGAAGAACCAGCCGUUGUUAAAAGAGGUGGCAAGAAAUCUAAGGAAUUAGUUGAUGCUGCACCAGUCAAGGAAGCGGCCAAGGCCAAGGGUCGCGGACGAAAGAAGAAAGAUACGGAGCCAAGUGACGAGCCUGCAAUUGAAGAAGAAGUGCCAGUUGACUCAGUUGCUAAUGACGUCGAUAAAAAGCCAGCAUCAUCAAAACGUGGUCGCGCCACUAAACGUUUGGCAGAUGAAGAAAUUGCUGAGAUGCUUGAUGAAGAAGAAGUGGAGCCAGAAGCAGCUACACCUAAGAAACGCGCCAAGUCAUCCAAGAAAUCUAAAGACAAUGGUGUAGCUUCGCCUAAAAAAAAACAUAGCAAGAAAGCUUCAAAGAAAGAUAAAGAAGAACCGAUAGAAGCUGCUGAAGUUGCAGAAGUCGAAGAGGAAGAAGAAGGAGAAAAAGAAGUAGUAGUAGAAGCGCCACCGCCUACUAAGAAGCGAGCUCCGAAAAAGGAAAACGGUGAAGCUAGCAAACCAGCACGCGGUCGCAAGCGCGCAGCUACAGCCACGCCCACUGAAGGAGAGGAUGAUGAUGAUGCCGCAGACGGCUCGAGAAGUACGUUGAUGGAGACCGGCUGCGGUAGCACAGUAUUAAAAAGUUUGCAAAAUGUGCUUAACUUUUGUUUUCCAGCAUCGAAGACCAAAAAGCUGGAGAGCAAAGCUGUGGUGGGAUACGACAAAAGUCAGUUUGAAGCUCCGGAAGAUAAAGAAUUUAACUUAAAAAUAUCUAGCUGGAAUGUAGCUGGUUUGCGUGCAUGGUUGAAGAAGGAUGGCCUCAAGUUUGUGGAGAUGGAAGAGCCAGAUAUAUUCUGCUUGCAGGAGACAAAGUGCGCCAAUGAUCAAUUGCCUGAGGAGAUGGCACGUUUGCCGGGCUAUCAUCCUUACUGGCUGUGCAUGCCAGGCGGUUACGCUGGCGUUGCCGUAUACAGCAAGAUCAUGCCUAUUCAUAUUGAAUAUGGAAUUGGCAAUGAAGACUUUGACGAUGUGGGACGCAUGAUCACAGCCGAGUAUGAAAAGUUCUAUUUGAUAAACGUAUAUGUGCCAAAUUCUGGACGCAAACUGGUCAAUUUGGAAAAGCGCAUGCAGUGGGAGCAGCUUUUCCAGGAGUAUGCCAAAAAAUUGGAUGCACUCAAGCCGCUUAUCAUUGUGGGCGAUAUGAACGUAUCCCACUUGGAGAUUGACUUGGCCAAUCCGAAAAGCAACACACGAAACGCUGGCUUCACCAAAGAGGAACGCGACAAAAUGUCCGAAUUAUUGUCUUUGGGCUUUGUGGACAGCUUCAGGCACUUGUAUCCCAAGGUCACUGGCGCCUACAGCUUCUGGACAUACAUGGCCAAUGCACGUGCUCGCAACGUUGGCUGGCGUUUGGACUAUUGCAUUGUCUCGGAGCGUUUUAUCUCACGCGUAGUGGACAAUGUAAUGCGUAGCCAAUGCCCAGGCAGCGAUCAUUGCCCCAUUACCGUUUUUCUAAAUGUUUAACUUUACUCAUUAAUUUGAGCUCAAACAUGCGUAUACACAAAAUUUUUAUUUGU